GUUACAACUUGGCACUGAAGUGGAAUACACAACAAGAGUAAUCAGAUCCACACAACGAGACUAAUCGGAUCCACACCACGAGAGUAAUCAGAUCCACACAACGAGAAUAAUCGGAUCCACACCACGAGAGUAAUCAGAUCCACACCACGAGAAUAAUCGGAUCCACACAAGCAGACAAGCCAGCCAUGGAGAUGAUGCUUCCAAUGUGGGCCUUAUGCAUCUUGGCCAUCAUGUCCAUCAAUCUCUGCGAUGCCUCAAAGGGUGCCAAGAUGCACCACCAGGUUGACCAUCAUCAACACAAUCUCCACCGAUGCCUUUCCGAGCAGGAAGAGGUAACGCCAGAGAUCGUAAGAAAAUUCACCGGGAGGAACGUGUCCUGGAACAACUAUAUAGCCGUGAAACUGGUUCCUCACCUGGAGAACGUCGAGGCGAAGAAUAAGAGAAGACGCAAGAGGUCGCAGGAAAAAGAAUGCCCCGUCCAGGAAUUUCAGCAAAGCGGCCACGACGACCAAUAUGCCAAGCGUUCCCUCUCGCCAUGGUCCUACCACAUUGACUACGAUGAGAACCGGUACCCACAGAAGCUGGCAUUUGCCCGUUGCCUAUGCACCGGGUGCAUCGACGCCCAUUCCAUUAAAGAGACCUUCAGCCUGAACUCGGUGGCCAUCCACCAGACCAUGAUGGUCCUGCGCAGGAAGCCCUGCCCGAAUAACGAGUCGAGCUACACCUUUAAAUUGGACUACAUCAAAGUCCCGGUGGGGUGCACGUGCGUGCGGCCGCGGAGGAGCUUCCAGCAGUAACACGAGUAGGAAGCAAGAAUGCUCCCAUGGAGCCCUCAUUCUGGCGCUUAUUCUUCCUGACCUGUGACUAUGUCACACCGAGUAUUGUUUGUUCUAGAACAUUUCUGAUUUUAUUUAAUUUGUGAGAUAACGUUUAUAUUGUGUAUAUAACAUUGGGGGGGGUCUGUGGUAAAUCAGCC